AUGAGCACUAAAACACUAUCUUCUUAAAAUUAGCUCAUUCUUGUGUGUGGCUUCAGCCUGACUGACUCAGAAACUGUGCGCGCAAGGAACAGUAUCAUCAGAAUUUCCCCUUUGGCAAUACCUGCUGAUUGGGUCCUAAAAAGCAAGCUGCUUUUAACUUUUAAUAUUUGGCUCCCUUGUUCUGCCACGACUAGACGUAAAACACCGUUUCUCCUUUACUUGUUUUACGACAAUAAGAGAAAUAUUGGUGUGCACAGAUUUUUUUUAUCAUCGAAGACGUGUGUGCGCAUAUGUGCGCGCGUAUCUGCAUGAAGAUGUUUUGCGAAACUUUUUUAAGGAUGAUAUGCAUUGGAUGUUUCCUGUUUCUUUGUGGUCUCACGCAUGUCCUGGGAAGUUAUCCAAUAUGGUGGUCCCUGGCAGUGGGCCACCAGUACUCAUCUCUGGGUUCACAGCCCAUCCUGUGCGGCAGCAUUCCCGGCCUGGUGCCCAAACAGCUGCGUUUCUGCCGGAACUACGUGGAGAUCAUGCCGAGUGUGGCGGAAGGGGUGAAGAUUGGCAUCCAGGAGUGCCAGCACCAGUUCAGGGGCCGGCGCUGGAACUGCACCACCAUCAACGACAACCUGGCCAUAUUUGGACCAGUGCUGGAUAAAGCCACGCGAGAAUCCGCCUUCGUUCACGCCAUCGCCUCAGCCGGGGUGGCGUUCGCGGUGACCCGCUCCUGCGCCGACGGUUCGGCCACCAUCUGCGGCUGCGACACCCGUCACAAGGGUCCCCCGGGGGAGGGCUGGAAGUGGGGCGGCUGCAGCGAGGAUGUGGAGUUCGGCAGCAUGGUGUCCCGGGAGUUUGCCGACGCCAGGGAGAACAGGCCCGAUGCCCGUUCCGCCAUGAACCGCCACAACAACGAGGCAGGGAGAACGUCCCUGAAUGAUAACAUGUUCCUGAAGUGCAAGUGCCACGGCCUGUCAGGGAGCUGCGAGGUGAAGACCUGCUGGUGGUCGCAGCCUGACUUCCGGGUCAUUGGGGACUACAUGAAGGACAAGUACGACAGCGCCUCGGAGAUGGUGGUGGAGAAGCACAAGGAGUCCAGGGGCUGGGUGGAGACCCUACGACCCAAAUACACUUUCUUCAAACCCCCCACAGAGCGGGACCUGGUGUACUACGAGAGCUCGCCCAACUUCUGCGAGCCGAACGCUGAGACAGGCUCCUUUGGGACUCGCGACCGCGCCUGCAACCUCACCUCCCACGGCAUUGAUGGCUGCGACCUGCUGUGCUGCGGGCGGGGCCACAACACCCGGACUGAGAAGCGCAAGGAGAAGUGCCACUGCAUCUUCCACUGGUGCUGUUAUGUCAGUUGCCAGGAGUGCGUACGCGUGUACGACGUCCACACCUGCAAAUAGAGGAGCCUCUGUCUCUCUUCCCGCAUUACCAAACAGAAAAAAAAGACUAGAAGAAGAUUCCAGACCAGGCUGAGAGACUUUCAACUACUGCUGACUAGUUUGUGAGUUCAGCUGCAGUCAACUACAGACAAAGACAGACAAAAUGGCCUCUCAUGAUGAUAGAAUACUGAAGUGAAUGAUCUGAGGUUGACUCAAAUAGGCUCCACUGUCGCAAAUGGAAUGAUGAUGAUGACUACCCUCCAGUCUAAAGAGGGAGACUAAGAAACCAGGACAGAGUGGGCUGGGUCGGGCUGGGCGGGGCUGGGCAGGGCGCAAACUGGGGGUGACUUACAUUGCCAGAUGAGGUUUAAGUCCUUGGUAUCUUAAUGCAAGGAAUGAGAGUUGUUGAUUUCAAAUGAAAAGACGUGCUCUGUAAGCACCAUAUUGGUGAACUGUUAGGGUGCUGUAAGUAGGGGCCUUAUCGUUAUAGAAUCUUAGCACUGUCAAAGCCUUUCAGGCAGUGUCAAGCCAUCCCACCCAUAAACAUCUAAUCCAAAUAUUUUGAGAUAACCUUGCUCUCUGCUCGACUUAGCUCAUCUCAUAAUAAGUGCUCACAGCUGUGUAUGACCAGUACAAUCAAAAGCAGUCAGCAUAUUCUAUUCAGCAAUGUUAUAGUAAGUUAGUGGAAACUAACCUUUGAACCAGACGAACGGGUGUUUUAUGUUUUAUAGUGUUAACCUGUUCCCAAUUUUUCAAUAAGACUGCACUUGCAUAUGAGUGUAAUUAUGUAUUCUGAUAUUGUUGUUAUAGUAAAAUAAAAAAACUGGAUCAAUCUAAGAGAGCAUCAACCAAAUAAUAUGUUAGCGACAAAAAAUAUUUACAUAUAACUGGAAGCUCUUUGAACAAAGUGGCCAAAAGGAUUUCCACCACAGAACAAUGGAAAAACAACGUUUUUCCCAAAGACUAAUUACUUUCAAUUCAGCCUGUGCAUGGAAUGGUAAAGGAAUUGUAAAUCUGAGUUUGAUAGGUCAGCACUUCUGUCAAAUUAAGGAAUAUGAAGCUUGUUCCUCUCGUUGCUAUCAGUGUUAGUAAUGUUCACCGAAUGUGACAUGUGACUCGGUGGAGACAAAUCCAUGCUACUGUAUAUUGUAUUUAAAAUUUAAGGAUAUGAAAGGGACUUACUCACUAGAGCUAUGAUUCAGUAAAACCCAUGUUUUUUUCACAGUUUCCUGUCCUUGGACAUUGGUUUGAAAGCCUCUAAAAAUAUGCUUUAUGUCAGCAAAUUUAAUUGACCACUAACUAAGCUGUAUCAUAUGAGCUGUGUCAUACUAUGCAAUAUCAGCUCAAAUAUGACCAAAACCUGUGCAUAUGAUCAGAAUGAUAGCAGGCAUAUUUUUUCUCCCAAAACCAUCAAAACAGCAGCAUCUCGGAAAUGUUCAAGACUUCUCCUUUUUGUACGCUGCUAAAAAGAUAAUUUGUAUGUUUUUUUUUCUCUAUUUUUUUAUUUCUGUAUAUGUGUGUGUACAGUAUGUUUGUAUGUCUGCUCUGUAUGCACUGUGCUUUGGUAUUCUUUCUAUGAAAGACAACAUUUAGUCAUAGUAUGAACAAAAAAUGUGAAGUUAUUUUCUACUAAUUACAUUUGCAUAUAGACUGCAUAGGCAUGCACAUAUUAACCAUAGGCUGAAUUUUAUAUACAGUAUAUUGUUAGCUUCUAUUCUCAGUUUCUCUGUCACCAGUGGGAUCCAACUUAAACUCUGAUAUACUGAUAACUGGGACAUAAAUACAGGACCACUUGCGUCAAGAGAAGAUAAAAUACAACAGUAUUUAUAUAUUUGUAAAACAAGAUUACAACUGACAAGUAUGGUUGAAAUUAACUAGACUGAGGCAAAUGACCAAGAGAACCAUGUCAUUUCAGUCAAACUGUCAAUUUUUGAGAAGGACCUAGUUCAAUUUUGAGCGUCAACGUGAUUCCAUGUUCAAUUCAGGCUUGUAUAAUUCCGACCAGGUUUUUCUACUGUUAUCUUCCUCCAUUGACACAUGGCCCUAACUGACUGCAUGUUUCACAUAAUACUACUGAGCAGCCAAUUGCAAUUUCAGAUGUGCUUCCUAGCAUUUAUUCAUUUAAUGUUGAUUGUUUGUUUGAUUGUUUGUUUGUUUGUUUGUUUGUUUGUUUGUUUGUUUAAAGUGUCUAGAGAUUUCUAGAUAUUUGCUUCUGUUCUAAAAUGCUGUCAUGUUCUUUAAAUCCAAAGUUUUGUACAAACUCAUUUUAAGUUGUUAUGGAUCUCUAAAAGUUGGAUGGUUUUUAUGACUAUUUAUUUUACGCAAAAUGUACAUAUUAGUAAGUAAGAGUAUAUAUUUGCAGAUAAGAUCAGUUUUCGAGACAGUGUUGUGACGUGUAACACUGUAACAGUUUUACCUCAAAGUUUUUUCCACUGACUGUAAACAGGAUAUAAUGUUUGCCCAACUGCCUGUAUUAGAUUGAUAGAUGUUAACUU